CUUUGUGUUACCGUAUCCGCUCAGCAGCUACAACACCGCGGCUGACGAACAUCCGGGUAUUCUGUCGAGAUGGUCAUGGCGGAGGGUACUGCAGUUCUCAGGAGGAAUCGGCCUGGAACCAAGGCGAAGGAUUUCUACAACUGGCCGGAUGAAUCAUUUGAGGAGAUGGACAGCACCCUGGCUGUCCAACAGUAUAUUCAGCAGAACAUCCGAUCAGACUGCUCCAAUAUCGACAAAAUCCUGGAACCUCCUGAGGGUCAGGAUGAGGGCGUGUGGAAGUAUGAGCACCUCAGGCAGUUCUGCCUGGAGCUGAACGGGCUAGCUGUGAAACUGCAGAGUGAGUGCCAUCCAGACACCUGCACCCAGAUGACAGCCACGGAGCAGUGGAUCUUUUUAUGUGCUGCCCACAAGACACCCAAAGAAUGCCCUGCCAUCGAUUACACCAGGCACACGCUGGACGGAGCUGCCUGCCUUCUUAAUAGCAACAAAUACUUCCCCAGCAGGGUGAGCAUCAAGGAGUCAUCAGUGGCCAAGCUGGGCUCUGUUUGUCGUCGCAUCUAUAGGAUAUUCUCUCAUGCUUACUUCCAUCAUCGCCAGAUAUUUGACAAGUAUGAGUUCUCCUCCUACUUCAUCUGCCUGACCCACCACUACUGUGUCCUCCCUUAUUUCCACCUUAUCUCCUGAACUCAAGUCACGGCUCCAACAUAAGAAAAUGUACAUAAACAUGCCUAUUUAUUACAAUAUUGUUACAGUUUUUGUCAGAAGAUGAAACAUGAGACCCUGCUGUAG